ACCAACACUGACAUUUAUAACCACGCAUAUCCACCGGCCCUCUCUACGAAGUCACGCCAGAUUGCAGACACGAGACCCUUCCCAGCCAAACAGCAAUACUUUCACACCACGAAAGUAAAAUGCCACCGCGAAGAAACCCGCGGCGGUCCGCGGGCGCGCCAGACACGAAGAGCAAUCCGGCCACACUCACGACCAACGACAGCGCAACCCCAGCCGAGGACGCAACCUCCGCCACAACCUCGCGGACGACCCAAGCGACGAAGACAAAAAGAUAUGAAUCCACUCCUGUACCCCAACAAAUCACCUUCCCCGCGCGCCGCAAGAUAGUAAGGAAAUAUGGCGGCCGCCGGUCGCUGCCCGCGCGGCUCGAGGAGGAGACCGCCACCGCCAGCAGAAGGAGUCUGAAGCAGCAGACGUUGACUCAAAUUGAUUAUGUGCGCUCCUCGUCUGGGUUCGAGCAAGGGGACUUGCUUGAAGACGAAGUGAUCGGGGGCCCGCAUGAGGAAAAGAAGGGAUUGAAGUCGAAAGGAGAAGCAGAGGCGGCGAGCGUUGCCGGGAGGAGGAAAACCGCCGAUCCAAGGUCGAAGAGGAGGAAGACGAUGGGGGAUAUGCCCACUCCGAACCUGGAGAAGAAGGGGCCGAGCUUUCAGACCCAGACUUUGACGCAGUUAUUGGGUAAUCGGGUUCCCGAAAUGGAUAGGGACGAGCUGCGAGUGGAAGACGAGGCCGAGUCGGCGGGCUUGCCGUCAUCAGGUGGUGGCCCUUCCGUCAAGCAUUCCGCGCCGCCCGAGAAGGGGAAGGGCAAGGCGCUGGCGACGCCCAUACCCCAUACUCCAACGGGCAAGCGUAUCAAAGUCAACCUUGACGAGGUGCCGUCUUCGCAGCCUACGCCGUUCACGCCCUUGUUAGGCCACAGCCCAAUUCCACCCGCCAGAUCUCCGCUGACCCAGAAAUCGACGAAUGUCGAUGCCCCGCUCCCAACAAUCGAAACGGUUUCCAAACUGCCGCGGAGUCUGGUCAUCCAGGAUAGUUACAGUAUGGACGGCAGCAGCGCGGGGUACCUUUCCUCGACAGCAGGCGACACGCCGGUUAAGAGGGAACGGGGCGAGACGCCUUCGCAAAUACCAAAACGGGAGCCGUUGGCCGAGAUACCCGUUGCCAGUCUCGAGCUGGGUGUGAGCUCCACCCCAAGCGGGGAGACGCCAACGACAAGGAGAAAGAGAUUGUUCACGGAGAUUCCAGACUCGGACGAUGAGUUGGAAAGUCUUGGUUCGACACCUUUCAAGACGCGAUCCACGCAGCAGACGCCCCUUAGGAGAGAUCCUGUUGUGGACAACUUUGAGAUAGCGGCAGACCCAAGUCUUCCUCCUUCGCAGUCAUCACGAGAGCCACGGGCUGCGGUUACGGAGACCCCCGCAAGCUCGAGCAGGUCGAACAAGGAAAACGAAUCCCCCGCCAUCAAGAUGUGGGAAGAUGAAGAUGCGGCUGGUGAAGGGGAUGAUGGCGGCUCCCCAACUCCAAAGGGGGCAAAAAGGUCGCAGACGGCUGACAGGGCGGGCCAGGUUAGCCCCAAUACCGCAUCCCAGUUUUGGACGGCGUCGGCGGAGAAUGUUGGAUGUGUAGGAACGCGACGCGGUACCUCUCGCGAACCCUUAACCGAACUAGUAGUGGCCGAGGAUCCAACGGUCUUCCGAAGCGAGCGGCCGUCUGCGGCCCCACGAGCAUCGCGGUUUCAUGGCAGUAUGGGCGAGUCAAGUUGCAGGGGUCGCCAUGCCACCCCCCAACUGGGUGACUCUGAAGAGACGGCUAGCGAGGCCGAGGAAGAGCCAAUGCCGGUUUCGAUCCUUCGGAAAGCAACGUCGCAAGGCGUGCCGCGCGCAGAUGGCACAACGAAGCGCAAGUCUACGCCAGAGCCCAACGGGCCCGAGUCAUCAACUAGCGAGCCGCCGGGCACCCCAACACCAAUCGUCCGGAAGGUCCAGAUCGAGAUGCCGCAGUCGUCAGGAGAGGAAGUGUGCAAGGAGACGCCGCGGGAACCGCACGGGUCGUCGCCCAUCUAUCAGCGGCACACGCAGUCCCGGUCCCAGGCCAGGUCUCAGUUCUACAGCCAGGCCUUGGAGAGCCAGCGCGUCCCGCUCGAGGUGAUCCGCUCCCUCAGCCCGCAGACAGACCGGUCUGAUAUCCUCAUCUCGAUCGACGCAAAAACUGUCGAGGACAUCGUCAACGGUAUCAGGGACCACGUGUUCCGCAACUACAGAUUCCCUGUCCAAGCAUCGCGCUGCUGGAUCUUCACCGAGCUGCCGGUGGGCGAAGUGAAAUACAUGGCCACCCUAGGGCCCGCGCAGGAACCGGGGCAGAUCGACAGCCACAGCGGUCGCGGCAAUACCGAAUUCAACCGGGGCACGCUGGGCUACAAGUUUGCUCAUAAGCUGCUACAAGUGUAUCAGCUCAACAACCCGGUGCCGCUGGCUGAGAUGGAAGACAACGGACUGGGCGCCGGGCCGCCGCAGAGGUACAAGUACGUGCCGCCGGCGAUCGUGGGACAGCUGUUGAUGAAUCUGCGCUGUCCGCUCUUUGCGGAAGGAGAUUUUGAGGACGAGGGCGAGGAGACGGGGGAUAAGGAGACAGAAGAAGAAGAAGGAGGCGAGAUGACCAUAUCGCAGGAGUUGGCGGAUCAAAUACGCAGCGACAUUAUUCACUCCACGCAGCUCAUGUCGAGCGAGCGCCGCCGUCAGCAGCACCGAGACGACGAGUACCUCAUCCCUGCAAGCCAGAGCCCAACCGAGAAGCGCUCCGUCGCCUUGAAGGCCUCAGCGCCAGCAGCAGCAGAAACGGCGGCGGCGGCAAUGCCACCCCCACACUCGAGCCAGCAGCUCCGCGUCCGCCGCCAGCCAAGAAGUCCAGGUCAAACGCGGCGACAACCCACCACCACCACGGGCCAGGCUUCGACAUCGAACGGCAACGACGGCGACGCGCGCCGCUACGUGCCCCCCUCACAGGCAACAACCGCCUCGGACGUCUCGGCGUCCCCAAGCCAGGCGCCGUCCCCGUCCUUCCCUCCAGCUAGGUCGUCGUCGUCGUCGUCGUCGUCCGACCUGGCAUAUUCGGUGCCCCGGCCACCCUUGCCGGACUCGGGUGAGCUGUCGCUGCUCCCGGAGCUGCCGCGGUACGACCGGGACAGGAGCGGCGGCGGCGGCGGCACGGGGCUGCUGCUGCACCUGUCGUCGUCGCAGGUCGGUGUGCUGCCGCCGGACAGCUUGCUGGUGGACGAGGGGCAGGCGCCGCCUCCGCCUGUGGAGGUGUGGGAUUCGGAGGAGGAGGAAGAAGAAGAAGAAGAAGUAGAAUAAGAGAGGAGUGUGGGGGGUGUAGUGAGCUUAUUUUGUCUUGGCGUUGGGUUCAGAGGUUGGCUCGUUGGUCCUGUACGGAUUACUUUAUGUUUGUUCAUCGGAAGGGCCACAUGGUGGGUUGUACGGAGUAAGGGUCCGUGGGAAAGUGUCUGGCCUUUUUUUAACUUGCGUCGCAUAUAUCGCUGGCUCG